AUGUCUGCAUCUCGAGUAGGAUCCUUGUUGCUGCCACGCGUGGGCAGCGCAAGCGCAAGCGCGAGUGCGAGUGCGAGUGCGAGUGCGGGCGCUCGAGCCGUUCGAUCUUUCUGCCACACGCCAAGCGUCGCACGACCAGCAUCAGCAUCAGCACAAGCCAGCACCGCUUCCACCUCCACCUCCAGCACCUCAUCCUACGUGCCAGUCUCGCCUUCCAGCUACGCCCUCUCCGCUUCUACAGCAGACGCCUCAUCCAUCACCUCUACGCGCUCCGCACUCUCUUUGCUGCGCACUCAGCCGUCGCACUAUGCCGUCCUCUCUCUCGUCGGUCGGACGCUGCUGGUCAGAGCAGGUGAUAUCAUUACUCUACCGCGCUUGGUGGAUGUACAGGUAGGAGAUGUGAUGCGAUUGGAGAGGGUGCACGAGCUGGGCAGUCGAGAUUUUACGCUUAGGGCUCAAGAUCCGCUCAAUACGCGGGGCAGGGGAGAGGCCGUGCUGAGUCGACGAAGCAGACCUUUUGAGGGCUUACAACAAGGCUCGACGCAAGCUGUGCCGUUGCAUACGAACCACCAGUCUGCCGUGCAUGCACAAGGAGCGCAACUGUAUCCCGGCAACUUGUCCCUCGAAGAUAUCACAGCUCCUACGCUGGGCGCAGGUGGGGACGAGAGCAACGUGCACGCGGCCAAUCGUAGCAGAUUGGUGCAGUCCAAGACGUCGUGGGCCGCGCGUCUGCUUCCAGCUGGACUAGCACACGUCGGAGCGACGCUUUCUCCAUCCACCAUCCAGAUCAGGGGCGUGGUGCUGGAACAUACAAAGGGCGCAUUGGAAAAGAUUGUCAAGUUCAAGAAGCGCAAAGGGUACAAGAAGACGGUGCAGCACAAGCAGACGCUGACGAGGAUCAGGGUGGAGGAGUUUAGGUUGGGGGAGGGGGAGGGAGUAGGAAACUGA